AUGCUGGUCCGCUCGCUACGCCUGGCCGCACCUCGGCCAUCCACUUGCUCGUCAUACCGUCAGAUCGUCCGACAUGCGUCCACAUCCUCCACAUCCUCCAGCUUUGCAUCAGCUGCCAGGUCCACAAUUAGCACCAAGACCAUAGCAACCUCAGCAGCAGCCAUCGUCGGCGGUCUAGCCCUCUACUCCACCCUCUCUUCUAAACCUUCGUCACCUUUAGAAUGCGAAGCUCCCUCUUCAGCAAAACCCACUCCUGCAUCCUCCGUCAAAGGCGGCAACCAAUCCGACCUCCCCGAGAUCUCUCAUCUCGACCCUUCCCUCCUUACCAACGCCUCAGCCCCCAUGCGCAAACGAAUGGAAACAUACAUCAAGCUCCUCCAAUACAACAUCGUCUCCGCCCUCUCUCAGGAAGAACCCAAAGCCCGUUUUCUCAUCGACUCCUGGCUUCGCAAAGAAGGAGGCGAAGGAAUCUCUUGUGUCCUUCAAGAUGGUUCGACGUUCGAGAAGGCCGGUGUCAACAUCUCUGUUGUACAUGGUAUGCUUCCUCCUGCUGCAAUUAGGCAGAUGUCAGCUGAUCAUGCAGGGUUGAUGGACAAGACGGGCUAUAAGCUCGAAGGAAAAGAUGCCGAUGUGAAAGGUCUGCCCUUCUAUGCAGCUGGGUUGAGUUUGGUAGUUCAUCCGAAGAACCCAUUUGCCCCGACGGUGCAUUUCAACUACCGGUAUUUCGAGUUGACUCAUCCCGAGAAGUUGGCUGAUGGGUCUCCCAACCCAAGACACCCAAAGAACAGGAAAGGUGGGCAAGGGGAUAAUGAGCCAGUAGCAUGGUGGUUUGGUGGCGGAACGGAUUUGACUCCGAUCUAUCUGUUUGAUGAGGAUGCCAAGCACUUCCAUUCUACACUCAAGGAGGCAGCUGAUAAGCAUGAUGCGAGCUUUUAUCCGACAUGGAAGAAAUGGUGCGAUAGGUACUUCUUGCUCCCUCAUCGAGGUGAAGCCCGUGGUGUGGGUGGAAUCUUCUUUGAUGAUCUUACCCUGCCUCAAUGGGCUGACGGUAACUCAGCUAAGGCGUAUGUUCCGCUGAGUGAUGGAACAAAGCCUACGCCAGCAACCCCUCUCGUUCCCAGCAUCUCGUCGAGCAAGCAGCACAAUCAAGACACGCUCUUUGCUACAGUGCGAUCUCUCGGUGGCGCUUUCCUCCCGGCUUACCUGCCUCUAGUGCAGAAGAGGAAGAACACACCAUACACAGAAGUACAUGAACGAUGGCAGCAGAUCAGAAGAGGUCGUUAUGUCGAAUUCAACCUUGUCUAUGACAGGGGGACGAAAUUUGGACUGCAAACUCCAGGAGCAAGGAUUGAGAGCAUUUUGAUGAGUUUGCCCCUGAAAGCUAGGUGGGAGUACAUGGAGAGGUACAGUGGCGGUGGUGCACAGGGGAGGGACGGGAAGGCGACAACAAAGGCUGAUAGCGAUGUGGAGGAUGGGAAAGAGGGUGAGAUGGAGAGAAAGACAAUGGCUGCGCUACGACAGCCUCAGGAAUGGGCAUGA